ACUGAGGAGCCCGCCUACUUCCGCUGUGACGCAUUUCCGGAAGGUCUUUGGUUCCUACCUACCUUCCUACACAUGUAAACAUGGCGCCCCCCGUGCCGCUGUUAGCAGUCCGAGGAUCAGAGGGAACGUCUCUGCUGAGUGGACCCCCCCGCUGUGAGCCCCACCCUGCCUUUCAGAGGGACACCCAUCCCAGCAGGUGCCUCACCUUCAGCACAGAUGGGACACUCUUUGGAUGGUGCAACGGACGCAGUGUCCACGUGGUCAAAUGUAUAGAUGGGUCCACAGUGUCCAACUUUGAACUCCCAAAGACAGCUCUGAUAGAGUUUUCUCCCCUCAACAACAUCCUGGUUACCUGGCAACCAUACACCAAGACGCAGGACAGUCCUCAGGGCGAGGCCAACCUCCGGCUGUGGGAGUUACCAAGCGGCCGUCCAAUCAAAUCUCUGUAUCAGAAAAAGGUGGACUCCUGGUGUCCCAUCUGGUCUGAAGAUGAGAAGAUCUGUGUGAGGAGCGUCAACAAUGAGCUGCACUUCUACGAGAACAACGACUUCAACUCCAUCGCCAACAAGCUGCACAUGCAGAAAGUAUCGGACUUCGCUCUCUCACCUGGAACUCAGCCAAGCAAGGUUGCCGUCUACGUUCCAGGAAGCAAAGGAGCUCCGUCGUUUGUGAGGCUCUAUCAAUAUCCAGCUCUGGAAGGUCCGAGCGCCGCGCUCGCCAACAAAAGCUUCUUCAAGGCAGACCGGGUCAGCAUGCACUGGAACAGGAAAGCGUCGGCAGUCCUGGUGACGGCGAGCACCGAGGUGGAUAAAAGCGGGGCAUCGUACUAUGGAGAGCAGACGCUGCACUACCUGGCCGUGAAUGGAGAGACGGCGGUGGUACAGCUCGCGAAGAACGGACCUAUCUAUGACGUGGUCUGGAGUCCAAACUCCUCCGAGUUCUGUGUGGUGUACGGCUUCAUGCCCGCCAAAGCCACUGUAUUCAACCUGAAAUGCGAGCCCAUAUUCGACUUCGGAACCGGGCCCAGAAAUGCCGCCUACUACAGUCCUCAGGGCCACAUCCUGGUUCUGGCUGGCUUUGGGAACCUGCAGGGGCAGAUGGAGGUCUGGGACGUGAGGAAGUACAAACAGGUGACCAAACUUCAGGCUACAGACACCACAUGGUUUUCCUGGUGUCCUGAUGGAGAGCACGUUGUCACGGCAACCUGCUCUCCUCGGCUCAGGGUAAGUAACGGAUACAAGAUCUGGCACUACACCGGUUCGGUUCUGCACAGAGUGGAUCUGGCUGCCGGGACAGAGCUCUGGGAGGUCCGCUGGCAGUCCUUCCCUGUCGGCAGCUUUCCUGAAAGACCCAUCAAGUACCAAGCGGCGCCAAGUGAGUUGGGUACCACACAGGCCACGCCCACACAGGCUUACCGCCCACCUGCGCUGAGACACAUGCCGGCCACGCCCAGCUCCAAGCUGCAUGAAGACGAGCCUCCUCAGGACCUCCGACCGGGACUCUCCGGGGAGAAGAGUCUUUCAAAAUCUGCCCUGAAGAACCAGAGGAAACGAGAAGCUAAGAAAGCAGCGAAGCAGGAGGCCAAACGUGAAUCUGAACCAUCAACUGUCUCCGCCCCCGUCAGCAGCAGCCAAUCAGAAGAGACCAACGGGGAUCCAGAAACCGACAAGAAGAUCAAGAACCUAAAGAAGAAACUGAAGGCCAUCGAUGAGCUGAAGGAGCAACAGGCGUCUGGGAAAGUUCUGCAGAAGAACCAGCUGGAGAAGAUCCAGAAGGAGGAGCAGCUCCUGGAGGAGCUGCGGGAUCUGCAGGUGGGACAGUAGAAGAAGCCACUCAGUCCUUCAGCCACGCCCUCGUCCCAUCAUGCAUCCCUCUUGUACAGCGACCCAGUGAGGAGUGGCGAUGUGCUUGGGAGGGUCUGACUGAGCUGACCCAAAGGUCUGGUGGCUCUUCAUCAGGGCAGCGGUUUCUAAGGGGCGGGGCUAAUCGCUAAGGUGAACUGAUUAGACCUGCUUUCGUUCCUACCUGUGGCAGCACCGCCCAGAGGCAUUCUGGGAAGUGUAGGCAACAGGAAGUGCAGUGGUUUACAAAUCUAAAGACUUUUGUUUUGACAGUGUUCCUUUCAUAAUAAAAGCCUGACCCUGCUUA